AUGGCUUUUGACGAGUUCAACGACAAAGUCACACCUGCAAACCCUAGCCGGGAAACUUCACCAAACCGCGGUUCUUCUGUCCACCAAUCAGUUGCCAUACCCAAGCCUUGCAAACCACUCCGACAAUGGCAGCAAGAACAAGACAUCGACCGCGAAGCGCAGAUAAAACUCACCAAACUUGUGCAUAUGCGUUACCAACAUCCCAAUCUUGAUGAAAUAACCACUUUCCUGCGUGAUUUUGGUAUGAGUGUAGCCCACAAAACACAGGGCAAGAAAUGGUUCAAAGGAUACGGCGAAGACCAAUACGUAUACUACGUUGAACAGGGAGAGAAGAGGUUCUUAGGCGGAUGUUUUGAAGUGGAAAGCUACGCAGAGCUAGAAAAGGCUUCCAGAGUCCCAGGGGCAGGACCCAUUGAGGAAUUGAUCGAUGCGCCAGGAGGUGGCCACACGAUCACAUUACAUGACCCAGAAGGCUUUCCCAUCAACCUCAUUCACGGCCAAACUAAAAAACAACCCGGUCCCUUUCCGGAAGUCCUGACGACGAAUUACGAAAAUGAGAAGCCACGAGUCGCACGGUUCCAGCGCUUCAAACCGGGGCCGGCCGCAGUGCACAAACUAGGCCACUAUGGUCUUUGUGUACAAAACUUCCAAGCAGAAAUGCAAUGGUAUACGCGCACUUUCAACAUUGUACCUACAGAUUUCCUAUAUAUCAAUACCCCCGAAGGCCAACAGAAAGACGUAGCAAUCUUCGCCCACAUCGACAUCGGCCCUUCCUACACAGACCACCACACAAUCUUUCUCAGCACAAAUCCUACAUCUCACGUUCAUCACUGCAGCUUCGAAGUCCAUGACUUUGAUACGCAGAAUCUGGGGCACGAGUGGUUGGCGCAAAAAGGGUACACGAGCGUGUGGGGUGUGGGACGACAUAUACUGGGUAGUCAAUUGUUUGACUAUUGGUGGGAUACGACAGGGAAUAUGAUUGAGCAUUACGCCGAUGGUGAUUUGGUAAAUGAAGAGACGCCAGUAGGAUGGGGUGAAGCGGGAGACGAAUCGCUAGCCGUGUGGGGGCCUGAGGUCCCGAAGUGGUUCUUGGAUUGA